GAUAAAGAGAUCUUUCUGUGUUCGUUCAUGAUAAUUCUCAGCAAUACUUGCUGGAAUAUGACCAAGAGGCAGGGCUUGGUUCUCUGUUUGGUAGCAGCGAACGAGGCGUGGCUACAGAUCUUAAGCAAUAUUGGCUUUGUUCUGGUGUUGGAUGUCGCUCAGUCUGCAGGUGGUAAGAACAGUGGUACCGAUGAUGAGAAGGAUAUUGUCGCAAGUAGGAGCGAUGUGUCUAACAUCACACUGUUUAUUAAUCCCACGGCCGAGAAGCCGGUGUUUUUGGAGGUGCAGAAACUUCGUGCCUCUAUGUUCUUUGCAUACGACUCCCUGUAUCAUUUUCGAACGGUGAUCUCACACUUUUUGGGCGGCAAUGAUCUUGCCUAUUUGCCCUCACCUCAUCUGCUUGUGGAACGGAGUGGGUCAAGAUUCGAGUGCAUCAUUCAAUCCAAUUGCGUCAAUAAGGGAAAACAUGCGGCCUUCGCUUGUCACCGCGUGCCUGAUUAUGUGCCUCGUCUUCAUCAGCUGCUUGAAACGUCCGUGUUGAAUAUUGGGCUUGCUUCUAGUGUUGUUGCGGCCGGAGGCGAAGUGGCGUCGAAGGCGGGUUUGCCAAAAAGAAGCCUUGCGACAAAUUCCUUGGAGGAUUUUGAUAUUAUUGAAAGUGCUGAGCUUGAAGCCUCAAUUGCGCCUGUCUGGGAGACUUCUGAGAAUGAUUCUAUAAAUUUGAUAGGGCGAUCCAAAUAUACGAAUUUCUUAUCCAUAUACGGGGCCUGGUGUGGCGCAUCAUCGGAAUAUGCACAGAACCGGAGGUGUGUCCCGCGCCCAUUGCCGCCAAACAACUUGGUGUCGAUGGAGAUUCACCUCUAUGACUGUGACGUUAUUGCACAUUUGUAUGGUGGAGAGGAUUUCAUUCACUUUGAUGUGCCUCAAAGUUACCUCCACACCAUACAGCGCUUUGGUAACAUGGAGGAGGAGGUGCAGGAGCCCUCCGUGCUGUGGAGUGGGAUGGACUCAGACGUGGAGCUUCACCAGGGAAGACGCGAGGGACGACGAAGCGGAUUCCUUGGCGUUGGGCGAAGACAGGACGAGUACGUUGUUGGCCGCUUCACUGGUAUCCGACUUCAAGUGGAUUUGUUUGUUCCCGGAAAGGCGAACUUAUUGCAGGUGUAUUUGUCCGUGCGGGACGGAGAAGUGGUGGAUUGCAUCGAGAAGAGUUCUGUUCGCACGCUAUUUAUGGCAUCCCUUCCGCCAUCUCUACGUGACCAUGAUGGCGAUUUGUUUGAGAUGAAGUGGACGACAGUUGUACCGCGGUCUUCUUCAAUGAAUGCCGGGAUGGUUGUUGUAGGGAAACCGGAGGAGCAGCUUAUUGUGCGGUUGCAGCCAGUCACUGUUGCCGUGCACCGACGUGCCAUGAAUUUGUUGUCUAAAUUUAUUGAAGACCCGGAAACUCUUUCCAACGAAAGUAUUGCUUCGGAUGACGUGCAGUCUCAGACACUUUUCUUCAGUAAGAUUGUCGUAUUUCCAGUGCAACUGAUACUCUACGUCUAUUUUGAGGGCCACGACACCUCUCGAGCCACUCGUAUGGACAUGUUUGAACUCUGCAACUUUCUUUUGCCUUCUAUUGAGCGGGCGCAGAUCAAGGUGCCGCUUAUCCUUGUCACGGCAUGCCCUCUCCACCGUGUCGGGGACCGCAUUUUAGACCUUAUGCGGGAACAGAUACUCAAUUUCCAUGGUCUUUUCAUGCUUCUUUGCGGGGUGCAGCCGCUGCAGUUGGCGUCAAACGUUGGGACGGCAGGCGUGGAGAUUCUUUUUGCUCCUCUCAAUGAAUAUCGUCGCAACAGACGUUUUUUCUCUGCCCUUUCCGCCGCUCUUCGCAAAUUUCUCUUUACACUUGUCUCUCAAUCACUCAACAGCGCGGUGGCGGUUUCGCGACGGGCACAUAACACGACCUCCUCCGUGAUUACUUCCGUGUUGCCAGUGAGUGAAUUGUCGCCCGUGUCGCGUGGGUCGCAGCCGGUGAGUCUUUUGGAGGGUUUGAAGCGUGGCUUUGCGGAGCUUCUUCAAGGACUUCGCUUGGCCUCUAACGUUGCCGCCUAUUGCUUGGGGCCACACGGAAGUCCUGUGCGUUUACCGCUGGCGGCUUCACUGGUUUUUGAUGGAUUUAUGCGUGGGGCACUUGAGGUGAUGUGCGGGAUACGCAACGUGGUUGCCCCGGAAUUAUAUGGGCAGGAGAAGAAAAUUUUCAAGGGAAAACGGCGGAAGAUAACAUGA